CAAGAGAAAAGACUCCUUUAAUAUCCCCGAUAAUGUAACGCCCUUUCAUUACUCUACCCAAUCAUUCUCAUUCUACUUUCUAAUUCCAACGCCAUCCCAUCCUUCUCAGAUCUAACCUUCUCUUCACAAAUAAAACAAAAAAAUACCCAAAUUCAGAUAUAUUUAUUCAUUUUCUCUUUCUUUCCAUUUUUCUCUCUCUAAAUGCACGCACUAUGCCCAAUCUCCACAAAUUCAAGCUCCUAGCCACACAAUGUGCCAUCGCCGGCAGUCCCACCCGCAGUCCAACCACCAGUCCCGUAAUCCACCUCCGCCGCCGUAAAACCCUACGCAUGUUCCUCACUCGCCCUAACGACCGCCGCCGUUUCCAUCCCCCUCCCUUAGAUCCACCGGAAACUUCCCCCGACGAAGUCAAAGUCCGCCACAAACUCAAAGACCUAUUCGUCUCCUCUCCGUCUCCUCCACCUACGCUCCAAAACGAGAAGAACAUCUGCCAACAGCAACAGCAACAGCAACAUCACCAGGACGUUCAGAAAGACGGACUCCUCUCUGGCUCCACCGUCGGCGUCAGAUUCCGAACUGGAUCUCCUUUCCGUAGAUCUUCCGCAGUCGCAGCUCUCCGGCCGGUGUCAUCGGCGUUCCGAUACAGGUUACUGAGAAGAGCUUGGCGACCGGUACUUUUCACCAUCCCUGAGUAGCCGUUGCAGUUACAGUUUCUCUCUACUAUGAUAACUGUACCGAUGCGUUCAAUUCCGAUUUUAUUGUUUAAUUUUUUUAAUUUAAUUUUGACGAAAUAGAAAUAAAAUAUUAAUAACCGCUUUCA